UUCUCCCAGGCGGUUGGAGCCAUGUCCAGGUCUCGCCGGAAGCUGGCCGUUACAGCCCCAGAGUUGGCGUUACCGGUCUUGACCCUCGGCACUGGCAUGCAGGGAUUCGGCCCAGCUUGUAUCUUCCUGCGGAAGGGCAUCGCGGAGAAGCAGGGGUAUCGGGAGUUGGGAACAGAUGAGAUUGAAGAGCUCCGCGAAGCCUUUGUAGAAUUCGACAAGGACAAAGAUGGCUUCAUCACUUGUAAGGACCUCGGCAACCUGAUGAGGAUUAUGGGAUACAUGCCGACCGAGAUGGAGCUCAUCGAGUUAUCGCAGCAGAUCAACAUGAACCUGGGUGGUCGGGUGGACUUCCAGGACUUUGUCGAUUUGAUGACUCCCAAGCUCCUGGAGGAGACGGCGGGGAUGAUCGGGGUGAAGGAACUCCGAGAUGCCUUCAGAGAGUUUGAUGCCAAUGGUGAUGGGGAGAUCACCUUGGAUGAGCUACAGCAAGCCAUGCAAAGGCUCCUAGGGGAGAAACUGAGCAAUAGUGAAAUAGCUGACGUAGUGCGGGAAGCCGAUCUAAACGGAGACGGGACGGUGGAUUUCGAAGAGUUUGUUCGGAUGAUGUCACGCUGACCUUUAACCUUUCUCUGCCUGAUGUGACCAACAUCCCUGACUGUGCUCCAGAGGCAGAUGAUACACAGAAUGUCUCAGCUCAACCAACACAUCGUAUGAUCUAGACCGAAGUAGA